AUGAGGGAGAGUAAUCGACGUUUUCUUGUGAAAUGGUUUGAUUCAUUUGUUUGGUUGGAGUAUAGUAAAGAAAAAGAUGCUGCAUUUUGUCUUCAUUGUUAUCUUUUUAAAUGCGACUUUGAUAAACAAGGAAAGGCUGGAAGCGAUGUCUUCACUGAGAAAGGGUUUAAAAAUUGGAGGAAGGGACCCGAGAAUUUUAGGGACCAUGUUGGACAAGUUGGAAGUCUUCACAAUAAAGCUACACAACAUUGUACAGAUUUAAUGAAUCAGAAGCAACACGUUGAAACCAUUGUGAUCAAGCAGACAGACCAAGCUCGUAUUAAUUAUCGCAUUCUAUUAACUGCCGCACUUGAUUGCACUAGAUAUUUAUUGCGACAAGGUCUUCCUUUUCGUGGCCAUGAUGAAAGCGAAACAUCUAGCAAUAAGGGUAAUUAUGUGGAGCUUUUGCAAUUUCUUGCCAAUCAUGAUGAGAAAGUUCGUGCCGUUGUGUUUGAAAACGCUCCAAAGAAUCUCAAGUAUAUUGCUCCUACAAUUCAAAAAGAUCUUAUCAAUUCUUGUGCCGCUGAAACCAUUGAUCUAAUUAUUAGUGAUAUGGACGAUGCAUUCUUUUCUAUAUUAGUAGAUGAAUCACGUGAUGUUUCAAUAAGAGAGCAAAUGGCAGUGGUGUUGCGUUAUGUGAACAAAAAAGGGCAAGUAAUUGAAAGGUUUGUGGGUGUCCAAUAUGUCUCUGAUACAACUAGUAGCAAAUUGAAAGAGGCAAUUGAGCAGUUGAUUUCUUCAACAAAUUUGAGCAUGUCCAGGCUACGAGGACAGGGGUAUGAUGGCGCUAGUAAUAUGAGAGGUGAGCUCAAUGGUCUUAAAACACAGAUUUUGAGAGAAUAUCCUCAAGCAUAUUAUGUCCAUUGUUUUGCACAUCAACUACAACUAGCUCUUGUAGCCGUGGCAAAGGGAAAUGAAAACAUUGCUACUUUCUUCACAACGGCUAGUAGUGUCGUUAAUAUUAUUGGAGCAUCGUGUAAGCGUCGUGAUGCACUUAGAGAGCAACAACAAAAAGAUAUUAUGGAAACUCUUGAAAUUGAUGAUCUUGAAACGGGGCGAGGGUUAAAUCAAGAGACUACUCUCAAACGUCCUUGUGAUACACGUUGGAACUCACAUUAUGAUACUUUACUUAGUAUUAAUAUUAUGUUUCAUCCCGUGGUGAAGGUGCUUGAAUGGAUUGUUGAUGAUGUCAACCAAGAUAAUUUAGGUGAAGCAAAUAGGUUGUUGAAAGAAAUACAAACUUUUGACUUUGUGUUUCACUUAUAUUUGAUGAGAUUUAUAUUGGGAAUCACAAAUGAUUUAUCAAAGGCAUUACAAAAGAAAGAUCAAGAUAUUGUGAAUGCGAUGAUGUUGGUCCAAAGAUGUAAGCAAAAGCUACAAUCCGUGAGGGAUGAUGACUUUGAUGAUUUGCUCAGGGAAGUAUCAAUAUUUUGUGGUAAAAAUGAUAUUGACGUUCCUAACAUGGAUGAUUUAUUUGUACCACAAGGGAGAUCAAGACGUAAAGCUCAGAAAAUCACAAACCGCCAGUAUUAUCGUGUGGACUUAUUUCUUACUAUCAUUGAUAAGCAACUAGUGGAAUUGAAUAAUCGCUUCACUGAGGAACCAGCUUCUAUUGAGACUCAUUUGCCUGGGAAUGAUGAUUUUGUACCAUGUAGUGAUGCUGUUGUACCUCCUACAACAUCAUCACAAAAUCCAACACCAUCACCAUUAGAACCUAGUACCGAGAAAAGGAAACCUUGUAAGAAGGAGAGUGAUGUGUGGGAACACUUUGAAAAGUAUGAUUUGGUAUUGGAUUUGAAAGGGGUAGAUGGGACUAAAAGAAAAGAAGUUGAAAAAAGGGCUAAGUGCAAGUAUUGUAGUGCUACUUAUGCUAGUGAUACCAAGAAAAAUGGGACUAGCAACAUGUGGAAGCAUCUAAACAAACAAUGCUUGCAAUAUCCUUAUAGGCACAAGGAUAAGAACACACGGACGCUCGCAUUUGAUGCAUCCAAGGGUAAUGCUCUUGUUUCUAGGAAUUUAACAAAGAUGAUUGUUUGGAUGCUUGUAUUAGGAUGGUGGUUCGAGAUGAGCUACCUUUUAGCUUUGUGGAGGGUGAAGGGUUUAGGGAAUUUUGUAGUGUUGCAUGCCCACAAUUUAAUCCACCCUCUCGUAGAACUCUUGGAAGAAGAUUUCUAG